GAGAUGAAACUCGUAGUAGUAUCUCUGACUCAUAUCCUUAAACGUAAACAGAUCAAAACAAAUGCUGCCUAGUGCCUACUAAAGGUACGGUUAAACCUGGUGGUACCACCAGUCUGCCAACAUGUGCCAGACUUCCGCGCGACUCGAUGGCAAGUUCGCCAUCGUGACCGGGGGAAGCUCAGGAAUCGGGUACGAAGCAGCCAAGAAUCUAGUUAAAAGAGGCGCCAGGGUUGUCAUAGCCAGCCGCAAUGAAACCAAACUCAUCCGAGCGAGAGAUCUCAUCAGAAAGAGUACAGGAAGUAACAGAAUAUCGUACGACGUCGUUGAUCUGGCAUCCCUGAAAUCGGUGCGAAGUUUCGCCGCAAACGUCCUACAGAAUGAGGAUCAAUUGGACGUGCUAGUCAACAAUGCAGGCGCCGUGCUCCUCCCGGACAGGCUGACAGAGGACUGCCUAAACCUGACCAUGCAAGUGAACUUCUUCGGCACAUUCCUACUCACGUAUCUACUGCUGCCUCUGCUCAAGAAAUCGGCGCCGAGUCGGAUCAUAAACGGACUAGCGGCAGCGAUGUAUAUCGGACGUAUUGAAUUUGACCACUGGAACGACAUCGGAAGGUAUACCCCAGUGGAGUCUUUAGCCAAUUCGAAGCUAGCGAUUGCGCUCUUCAGUGCGGAGUUGAAUAGAAAGUUCGAGGGUUCGGGAGUGAGUGUGAACACUUUUGAUCCGUUCGUAGCUCGGGAUACGGAUAUACUGAAUAACGUGUCGGGUAUAGCUAAGAAUGUGUCUCGAUUGUUCGUGGAUCUGAUUGGUCAGCCGAAGGAGGAUAUUGGGCAGCAGAUAGCGUAUUUAGCAGCUGAUCCCAAGUUCGAUGAUACCAGUGGGAAGCAUUACAAGUUCUGCACGGAGUGGAUUAACCACUGGCUAGUGAGUGAUGAGGUGUUGACGAGCAGACUGUGGGAGGAGAGUAAGAAGGUAGUUCAGGUCACUGAUGAGGAGAGUUGGGAUUGAUAUUAAAGGAUAUAAU